GUUAUAGUACACACGAGCCAGACCUACGGCGAGACGCGUUACCGGCGUCAGUCACCAUCUAAACACAACGCGUUGCUGACUUUGAGAUUUAAGCCGAUUGUAUUUUUCCAAUACCGCUCAAACCGACACCACGGUGGUAUAUUGUACACUAUUUUUUUGGCGAUUCAAAAAAUUUGACUUGAAAAGAUUUUUUUUAAAUUUAACUACUCGCAAUAAUCGUAACAAACACAAAUCGGUCGAGCGGUUGUCAAUGCGUCCCGGACGGUUUGUGCGCGAACGACAGUGACCGAGUGGCAGCACUCAAUUUUGGAUUUUGACUUGGCCAAUACAACCCCAAACGAGCAAUGACCGACAGAAAAUAUAAACUUUGUUUCCAUUUCAAGUUGCUGCUGACCGCCGUCGUAAUCGCGGCGCUACUAUGCCCACCGCCAGCUAACUCUGAAACAAUCCGUAGAAGACUGAGACGACCGACGGGUAACAAAUUACAACAGGACACCCCGUCUGCAGAUGGAUCGACGGCUACUUCGUCGGCUGCGGACAUGGAAACGUCGGCUUCGGUGAACAAGUUUAAGAUACGAAACCGAGUGGCGACCAGGAAGUCGGGCACUGAAUCAUCGUCUGAGAAACACAUAGCCCCGGCCAAAGACAGCCAAGACGAAGGCGGAUAUAAGAUCGUUUGCUACUACACGAAUUGGUCGCAAUACCGACCGAAAGCCGGUAAAUACUUGCCGGAAGACAUCGAUCCAGAACUGUGCACUCACUUGAUAUUCGCUUUUGGAUGGUUGAAAAAAGGACGUUUGUCGUCGUUCGAGUCCAACGACGAAAGCAAAGACGGCAAAGUCGGACUGUACGACCGUGUGAAGAACUUGAAGAAGGCCAACCCUAAGUUGAAGACCCUGUUAGCCCUGGGAGGAUGGUCGUUUGGCACCCAAAAGUUUAAAGAUAUGUCAGCCACGAGAUACGCGAGACAAACGUUUAUCUACAGUGCUAUACCAUUCAUCCGGGCUCGAGGUUUUGACGGUUUGGAUUUGGAUUGGGAGUAUCCGAAAGGACCGGAAGACAAGAAAAACUUUGUUCUGCUGUUGAAAGAACUCAGAGAAGCGUUCGAAGCUGAAUCUCAAGAAGUGAAAAAACCACGAUUACUGUUGACCGCCGCUGUGCCAGUUGGUCCCGACAACAUCAAAAGUGGAUACGACGUGCCUGCCGUGUCUUCGUAUUUGGACUUCAUCAAUGUGAUGGCGUACGAUUUCCACGGCAAAUGGGAGAGAGAAACUGGACACAACGCUCCUUUGUACGCACCGUCAUCCGAUUCGGAAUGGCGAAAACAAUUGAGUGUCGAUAACGCAGCUUUGAUAUGGACUAGAAUGGGAGCGCCCAAAGAUAAACUCGUCAUAGGCAUGCCGACCUAUGGUAGAACUUUCACUCUAAGCAACCCGGCCAAUUACAAAGUCAACUCACCAGCGUCGGGUGGUGGUAAAGCCGGAGAGUAUACGAAAGAAUCAGGAUUUCUAGCGUACUACGAGAUCUGUGAGAUUCUUCGCAACGGCGCGUCUUACGUAUGGGACGAAGAGAUGAAAGUACCCUACGCUAUUUCUGGAGAUCAGUGGAUCGGUUUUGACGACGAAAGGUCGAUUAGAAAUAAAAUGAAGUGGAUCAAGGAUAACGGUUAUGCCGGAGCUAUGGUAUGGACAACCGACAUGGACGAUUUCACGGGAACACUCUGUGGUGGAGACGUCAAAUAUCCUUUGAUUGGAGCGAUGAGGGAAGAACUGAGAGGUAUCAAGAGAGGAAAAGAGGACAUCGAUUGGUCUAAGGUAGCUAACAGUAUCACCAUAGACUCCAUACCGAAACCAGCGCCAAUUAAAAUAAGCGUAAGCGAAGUUUUGGCUAAAGCAAAACCAUCGAAAAUCUUAGCGUCUACAGCCAUACAAACUGACGUAGUAGAUUUGAAUGCACGUGCGCCUCAAGUUAUUUGUUACAUGACAAGCUGGUCUAUCAAGAGACCUGGCGCAGGAAAAUUCACCCCUGACAACAUAGAUCCCAUGUUGUGUACACACGUUAUUUACGCUUUCGGUACGUUAAAAGAUUUCAAACUAACGUUUGCCAACGAAAAGGACACGGAACAGUACAAAGAAAUGACAAAUCUUCGAGAAAAGAACCAAAACCUAAAAGUUCUAUUAGCCAUUGGCGGUUGGGCUUUCGGAUCGACUCCGUUCAAAGAACUCACUGGAAACGUGUUUCGAAUGAAUCAAUUUGUAUACGAAGCCAUUGAAUUUCUCAGAGAGCACAAGUUCAACGGUUUGGACGUCGACUGGGAAUACCCCCGAGGAAUCGACGACAAAGCGGCGUACGUUAACUUAUUGAAAGAGUUGAGGUUGGCAUUCGAAGGAGAGUCUAAGAGUUCUGGACUGCCGAGGUUACUACUUAGCGCCGCUGUCCCUGCCAGCUUCGAAGCUAUUGCCGCUGGAUACGACGUUGUUGAGAUAUCGAAAUACCUUGACUUCAUUAAUGUUAUGACGUACGAUUUCCACGGACAGUGGGAACGCCAAGUCGGACACAACAGCCCGUUGUACCCGUUAGAAAGUGCCACCAGCUAUCAGAAAAAGCUCACUGUGGAUUACAGUGCCAGGGAAUGGGUUAAACAAGGUGCGCCCAAAGAAAAGCUCAUGAUAGGAAUGCCAACGUAUGGUAGGUCAUUUACUCUGGUAGAUCCGGCCAAAUUUGACAUUGGAGCUCCUGCAUCUGGAGGUGGUGUAGCUGGCAAGUAUACGUCUGAAGCCGGUUUCAUGGCGUACUACGAGGUAUGCGAUUUCUUACACGUCGAAAAUACUACACUAGUCUGGGACAACGAACAACAGGUGCCAUUCGCGUACAGGAAAGAUCAGUGGAUAGGUUUUGACGACGAGAGAAGUCUAAAGACUAAGAUGUCUUGGCUGAAAGACGAAGGAUUUGGAGGAGUUAUGAUAUGGUCGGUAGACAUGGACGAUUACAGAGGAAUUUGCGGCACUGGCAAAUAUCCGCUGAUCAACGCUAUGAAACAAGAACUAGCUGGGUAUACAGUGAAAUUGGAAUACGAUGGACCAUACGAGUCAACUGGAAAAAACGCUGUCUACACCACAAAAGAUCCGACAUCUGUAACGUGCGAAGAAGAAGAUGGACACAUAUCUUAUCACCCAGACAAAGCAGACUGUACCAUGUACUACAUGUGCGAAGGUGAAAGGAAACAUCAUAUGCCAUGUCCGUCCAACUUGGUCUUCAACCCUAAAGAAAACGUUUGCGAUUGGCCGGAAAACGUUGAAGGUUGCAUGCAACACACUCCAGCCCCGCCGACGUCCAGACGAUAAGAGUGUCAUCAAGUCUAAUUUUUUUUUAAUACUAAUUUGUAAAUAAUAAUACAGAGUAAUUGUUAUUUUAUUUUAUUUAUACCUAAUUGACCCCAAAUUGGUUUAUUUUUAUUUUUAUAUUUAUCACCGCCAGUGUUAGUAUGGCUAUGUUAGGAUUGUUAGGAAUUUCAAUUGUAGCUUUUAUUUUUGUCUGUUCACAUCUGCAGAUAAUAUUUCACGGUAAAAUUAUCAAUUGUGAAAUAAUUUGUACAUUUAAUAACUUAUUAUAAAAACAAUUAAAUAUUAAAAUGUUUUAGUUAAUAA